AUGUUCGUCCGAGGAAGUUUUCCAGAAACACUUUUCUUGGUUGGAAGGACAGGAAACGGGAAAAGUGCAACCGGAAAUAGCAUUCUAGGGACAAAUGGUUUUGAAUCAAGGCGUAGUUCUUCAAGUGUAACAAGUGUUUCUGAGCUGAGGAAAGCUGUACUUGCAGAUGGUCGAAUACUUAACGUGAUUGAUACUCCUGGACUGUUUGAUUCUUCUGUUGAUUCUGAAAUUAUUUCCAAGGAGUUUGUCGGUUGCAUUGAUAGUGGCAUGGAUGGUAUUCAUGCUGUUCUGGUUGUGUUUUCAGUUUGUUGUCGGUUUUCAGAAGAAGAAAAAGCUGUAAAAAGUAGCUUGCUAGCUUUGUUCGGAAGGGAGGUGUACAAUUACAUCAUCAUCGUUUUCACUGGGGGUGAUGAACUGGAAAAUGAUGGCAAAAACUUGGACGAUUUCUUAUGUGACUCUCCAGAAGCAUUGAAGGAACUCCUUUCUUUAUGUGAAGGUCGGUGUGUUUUGUUUGAUAACAGGACAAAGAAUCCAACCAAGAGAGCUAACCAAGUACAACAGCUUCUUUCUGGAGAGUCACAUAAGAAAUCGUCCAAGUUUUUGCACAAUAAACAAAUAGAGGAGCAGGAGCCGAAACAGCAAAAGGAAGAGGAGAAGAAACAAAUUUUCACUGGUGGGGAUGAACUUGAAGACGAUGAUGAGAGCUUAGAAGAGUUUUUACGUGACUCUCCCAAAGCAUUACAGGUUGAGUUGAAAUUCAAGGAGACAAUUUUAAAGCUUGAACUAAUAUUGACUGAAGAGCGAACUGCUCGGCUGAAGAUGCAAGAGAAUGCUAAAGUUGCUCAAAAGAAAUUAGACGAUGAGAUACAUAAGACAAGGGAAGUUGAUGAUGAACAAGAGAUAUUAGCUAGCAACGAGCAACUUAAGCUAAUAUUAGAAAUGUCAUUCUUACAUGAUUAUUAUAAAGCUGCUCUAAAGAAAUCAGAUGAGCAUAUACAUAAGGCGAAUGUUAAGACAAAGCUAAAAGAGAAAACUUUGAAGCUUGAACAUCAAUUGGUAGAAGAGCGGACUGCCCAGAUGAAGAUUAAAGAAGAUGCUAAAGUUGCUCAAAAGACAUCAGACAGGAGAUAA